CUCACGCCCCCGCGCACGGAGCGGCCGUGACGUCGCUGUUUAUAUAACAGGGAGGCGCCGUCCACAGUGAUUUUGCUUCGUCUCCUCAUUGUUUUUAACCCACAGAAACAAGAUGUGGAAGGUGGCUUUGACUGUUCUUGCGGCCGUUUUCGCCGUUGGGUCUGAGACUUUGGUAGGCGGCCUCACAGACAUCGAUACCAACGAUGAAGGUGCGCGAAAUGCGCUGAACUUCGCCGUCGUCCAACACAACAGACGCAGCAACGACAUGUACCUCAGUCAAGUGGCACAAGUGAUCAGGGUUCAGUCACAGGUGGUUGCUGGUGUGAAGUACGUCAUAACUGCAAAAAUGGCAAAGACCCACUGCAAAAAGAACAGUGUAGAUGAAGUGUGCGAAAUCCAGGCAGAUGCUAAGCCCUUCGUGUGCACAUUUGAAGUGUGGAGCCGCCCAUGGCUUAAUGAGAUACAGCUGCUGCGUCAGAAUUGCAAACACUGAGCUCUACGUGGGAUGCUAGAAAGAGAACAGCAUGUGAAAUCUUAUGGAUUAAUGUUGUUUUCAGAAUAACCUUCACUUAACCUGCAAUGUUUUUUCCUUUAGGUGGAAUCACUGUAUUAACAUAAGUCUUUUCUGGCUCUACUACUUCACUCUAUGCUGAAUUAAACAAACUUAUUGUAUUUUUCAGAGUACACUAUGAAGUAUUGCAAUGUAAGUCUCCACUGACUUUUAGAGAAGCAACUUUGUAAUGCCUGACUAGUAUACGAGGCAAAUAAGCUAUUGUGUACCAACUUAUACAUGAGCUUUUUAGAAAAAAGCAAUCAAUUCUGAAAUAAAAUUAAACUUGCAUGUGAA